UGCCACGUUAUCACAUGCUGUUAGCAAAUACAGCGUUGGUGAGCUCGUAUCUUUCUUUCUGUUCAGCACAGCCAGCUGUGCACUACACCUUUUGAAACAUCAUGUCAGGGCUUAAUGCCUCGCUGGGCUACUUCUUAACUAUAGUAGGUGUGAGUGCGGUAGGAAGGGUGACGCUCGCACGAUCGAGGCUGCGAUGGACUUUCCUGACCGAGUUUAUCGCCGCAUUCGCGCUCGCCGCAUGUCGACUUGAAGUGGACACCAUUGCGGAGGUCGGUCAGUGGGCCGGGGCGCUUGGGCCCGACGUGGCCAUCACUAUGCUUUUCCUAUCCAUCGCUAUUCAUGGCAUCAUCAUGCAAGGCGUAAGCGGGAAUCCAUCGGUGACGUUAAUGGGAAUCCUCCAGAGAGACGUCGGCGCCGUGGCAGGCGUCCUCAGCGUCGCGGCGCAGUUACUCGGCGCGUACUUGGCGCUCGUAGUCGCCGAAAAGUACUGGGAAAUGGAGCUGACCGACAUGCACAUGAUAAAGAAUCUGAUGAUGUCCGAGUGCAGUACGUCGCUGCGGGUCUCGGCGCUACAGGGAGCGUUAGCCGAAGCGCUCGGCGCCGUGACCUUUCACCUGGUUUACCUCGUCCUGAAGAGCCGCUCGCAGCUGCUGAGGAUCCCCUUACUCGCUCUGCUGCUGACGUUCAUCGCAUACGCAGGAAACAACUACACGUCUGGAUAUGUGAAUCCGUCCCUCGCUUAUGCGCUAACAUUCCCCUGUCCUGGACACUCUUUCUUAGCGUAUUCUCUCGUUUACUGGCUCGGGCCUCUUAUUGGCAUGAGUCUUGCGCUCUUCCUGUAUUUGGGAAACAUCCCUCUGCUGUUCAGCAGGAAUCUACUUUACUCCAAGAAGGCUCGUUUCCGGGUGCCCAAAGGAAAAACUUCCGAAGACUGACAGACAUAAAAAACAGCACUGAUAUGGUCGCUUUGUAA